AUGUCCGUAGUAUCUAUCUCUAAAGUGGAUAUGCAAGUAGCUUUGGUGGACAACCUGGUCGACGGCAAAGAUGUUGAAUGGGGUGAAGGUGAACCACCACUGGUUGACGAUGAUGAUGAUGAUAUCAAUGCACAAACCGGUUUGGAGAAUCGCAUAUCCCGACUACCCGAACCGGAAAUCGACAUGCACUGGCAUAUUUCUCGCUAUAUUCCGGAAACACGUGGUCUUCGUACGAAAUUCCAAACUUUAUUGGCCGGCUAUUUACUGACUGUUUACAAUGCUGUACGGGACGAGCAUCGACGGAUUCGUGGAUUGACUGUUUUUUCUCAGUUGCCAAAUGAAACAGGGGACAGCGCUCGCCGUUCCGGCACCCACAUAAUUGGUGGAAAUCAGGAUGUGGACGCAGUUGCCUCUCAAGCUGAAAACGCUUUCACUGCUCCCCUCCAAUCUGAUGCAUCUGUGUCUCCGGGCGUAUUAGAGUUCACCGAGAAACUGGUGCGUGACCAACUGGCUCCAGAGUUGUACACUCUGGUCCAACGUUUGUACCGCAAGGCCGGGUGGAUUGAUCCAGAACUGGCUUCAUCCACAUCUGCACUGCUCAAAUCCGUCGGUCCGGUGACACCAAAUUUACUUCGUGACAGGCUUGAACGUCGCACACAGGUUGUCUCAAAGUAUCUGGCGGAGAAAACUUUACGUCCACAAAUGGAGACGACAGAUUUAAACCGUCGCCCGGAUACAGAUGUCAUGUUGCCACUGUUGCCGCCACACCCGUGCUCAGAAUCGUUGAUGUUCACCCCGCUGUUGGAUUUUAUCAAGUCCAUUUGUGAAGUUCUCAGUUUGGAUCGCUCAUUGAAACGCCAAGUGACCGGAAUUCGACGUGAUCUACUUCGUCUAAUUGGAGUUGGUGAAUUCUCUCCGGAAGCCGUCUGGAUCGCCCCGCACUUGGUACGCGAUGAACCCUUGUCCACUCAAGACUAUCAAGAUUCGGAAUUACCCACAGCCCAUCCCAUACGCUCACUUUUGGUCUAUCUGCCGGAGGUUGCCUGUCCAGUGUGCAAUUUCACACGAGACAUCGAUGUAUGCCGAGAUACGCAUCUUGUUCGAAUGGUCGAUACAACCGAAUCUGCGGUCGGUCAUUGGGCUUGGGUUUGCCCACAUUGCCGAAAUGUCUAUCCCCGAUCACGACUGGAAGAAGCGUUGGUUCAACAGCUGGAGCAGAUUGCUUUACAGCACUGUCUUCAGGAUCUUCAAUGUGUCAAAUGUCUGUCCACUGGGGGUAUUCAAGAAACGAUACUAGCUAAAGGUGGGUCCGUGGCACGAUGUGCAGACUGUUCGCAUCGUCUCUCCUUGACCAUCCCAGUGGGAACAGCGUUCUACAAGCGCCUGGAUGUCUACCGUUCAGUAGGAUUGCAAUUUGGUUUCCCAGUUCUCGAGCAGACUGCUUUUUGGAUGCUUUGUGGAUUGCACACGUCUUAG